GUGGGACGGAAGAAAAUACAGAGCCAAAGAGAGAAUUUUUGAGGCGGCUCAAAACUGGGAGAUAAAAAGAAAUGGGAAAAUAGGAGAUUAGAGCAACCGGUGUCAGUCAAUGUACAAAUCAUAAAAGACAACGUACACACGCCUGUGCGCGGGAAAAGGAAAAGACAGCACCCAGCUUUAUUCCCAUUCUCACGCAGACAACACACGGAGAGAGGGACUGGAGGAGAGAGCAAUGGUGAGUAGGAGAAACAACAGAGGGAGAGGAAGAUCUGACAAGGACGAAGGAGGAAAAGUUGCAGGAAAUGAAGAGUGUGAGUAUGAAGAGUCUCGAGCACAAAGAAUCAAAGAAAACGAGGAGAGAAUGAGGAGCCUCGGCAUUUUUGACCUCUCUCACAAACUCAAAUCAAAACCUAAACCUAAACCUAAACCAUCUUCAUCGUCUCUCCGCAAAACCAAGCCCCCCACGGAGGCACCUUCUACUGACCCCCCAAGGCGCUCUACUAGGUUGAAAGACAUUCCUCCUGUAAGUUACUCGGAGAAGAAAACUCCUAAGAAGGAGAGUUCGCCUAACAAGGUUGAAAUCCACAUACCAGAAGGUGAAAAUCCAGAGAUCUACACAGAUGAACAUGAGAAGCUGCUUGGUGACUCUAAUUCUGUUUGGGAUCUCUGUGUUGACGGUUACGAUGAAGACGGACAGCGCAUUUAUGAUCCUAUCGACGGCAAAAGUUGCCACCAAUGCAGACAAAAAACACUCGGACAUCACACUCAGUGCAGCAAGUGCAAGAUUGUUGCAGGGCAGUUCUGUGGAGAUUGCUUAUACAUGAGGUAUGGGGAGAAUGUCAUAGAAGCUAAUGAGAAUCCAAAUUGGAUAUGCCCUGCAUGUCGUGGAAUAUGCAACUGCAGUCGCUGCAGACGAGACAAAGGAUUUGAACCUACUGGAGCAAUCUACAGGAAGGUUGUAAGCCUUGGUUUCAAAUCCGUGGCUCAUUACCUCAUCUACACUCGUCGUGCACAAGGAAUCAUGGAAGUGGCAGCGGGUGUUGAAAAGCCAAUUUCCUCCAGUGGAUCACUUUCACUUGAUGAUGGAAACCAAGAAUUAUCCGAUGCACUCUCCAUUCCACCAUUGGAUGGCAAGAAAAACAACGCAGAAGAUGAUAUGGAGCUGCAUAGUGAUGGGGGAAUAUAGAGUUUCGAGCUCUACUGAUUUAAAUGACCUGAAAAAAACAACCUAGUAUCUAACUUCUUAAGCUUUCUUUUUGACUAGUAUGAAGUGCUUAAUAUAUAUAU